CACGGUUAAAUUUCUAAAAAGGUGCUCCGUCAGGUUUUUCUCCGUCAGAGGAUCAUUCAGAGGGUUCAGUUUUAGGUUUUAUCCACAGGAAGGGAGUCCGGGGGCGCCUCUGAGUCCACCAACACUUCACUCUUUGCUUUGCUGAGAUGAAUUUAACACUUUGUUUUGUAAAGAUUUCAGGAUUUUAGACGAGUGAAUUAUCACUUUUGAGGAAACCCCGAAUCUUGUUUUAUUCAUACUCUGUGUUCGAGUCCCGGCAGUGAUUCACCUACUGAUCUCUGCAGCCGUUUUUUUAGAUCUCUUGAGGUUCAGACAUGUUUAUCUUCAUGUUUUAAACUGAUCACAGCGUCUUUGUGUGGAUUAUUGAAAACAUUAACUCACUGACUGCACCUUUAAGAGCUUCUCGUGUGUCUGUUUCAUUGUGUUUAUACUGGGCUGUCAGUUUGUCCCCCUGAGGCAGCUGGGAGUGUUUAACUGGAAGCUCCGCCCUCUUUUCUCCCGCUGCUUCACUUCCUGAUCUUCACCCUCUGAGCAGACUCGACUCACUAACUUCUGUGCGGAGAAAAGCAGAACAGAGUGACAGUGAAGAGCAGCAGAGAGACUGUAAGUACAAAAAAAACAUGAAGGAGUCAGAGCAGAAACCUCGAUAAAAAGGAGGAAAGUUUUCUACGUCGUCUUCUGUGAGAAACCUGAGAGUCAGUUCGAUCUGUGGUUUGAAAACAGGCGUUCAGAUUUUAAAGUACAAACCUCCCAAACCUGAAGAGCAGCAGAUCAUGUCCUGAAACAGUCACACCUUUUUAAAAACAUAAAGCUUCAUGUGAUCCUCGAGAAUAAUUCACCUGGAGAGAUUUUUAAAGCUCCUGUGGGUGAUUUUGUGAAAAAAGCUGAAAUAAACACAAACCAGAACAACAGCAACACUAGUUUUAUCAUGUCGUAGUUUUUAAUACUUGAGACUUUUCACAUUUUUCACACUUUUAAAAAGUCACAGCAGUAAUCGUCAAACAUGAUAAUGAAGUUUUGUUGUUUGAAUCUUUAUGUGACUUUUAUUUCUCAAAAUUUUCUGUCAUUUUUUUCACCUCAGACAGAAGAUCAGCCGUCCUGGUUUUGGGAAAUCAGCGUUUUCUUCUCGUAGACGACGAACUUCACGUUGAUCUUCUGAGAGAGUAAAACAGGAAGAUGGAGGAUUCGUUCGAUUACAGACUCCUCGUCCCUCAAACCGACCCUGAAGACGAACUCUCCGUGAGUCUGACGUCGUUCUCGCUCCUCUACAGUCAGCGCAGAGAUCGUCUCCAGAGAGUCUCGGAGAGCUUCGCUCUGACGGCGGCUCGUCUCCAUGGAGACCCUCCUGAGAAUAAAACAGCCCGGGUCGUGUUCGCCGUGUUCGGAGGAGCUCUGGGCGCGGGCUGUGGGGUCAUGUCUGGAGGGGUUUGUGAGAUUUUAGGGGCUAUAAGUGCAACAACCGUCAACAGGAUCUGCGGUCAGAUCAACGCGGUCGGUGCGACCGUUGGUUUCUUCGGCAGCGUGUUGGGCGGAGUCAUCGGGGGAGUCUUUUGUGGAGCGAUCGGAGGAGCGAUCGGAGCUACAGCUGGACCACCUGACAGCCCAGUUCACGACGUUACACGUGACGUCGUCUGGUUCACCGUCGGCGGUGUGACCGGAGGUGCAAUCGGAGCUACUUUUGGGGGGACGGUUGGAGCAGCAGGCGGGGCAGUGGGCGGGGCUUUCGGGGGGGUUUGUGCCACUAAGUUUACGGUCUUCUUAGCUGGAAGCAUCUUUGGACGCUUCAGUGGAAACAAAGACUUCAACAGACAGAGUCAGAUGUUCAAGAACCAGAAGGUGAUCCAGGACUCUGCAGGAGACUUUAGAGAAACCUUCAAACCUCUGCUGGAGGAGAUGAGAACCAUCAAGUCCAUAAACCAGAAGAUGUCGGACAGAGAGGCUGUGCAGAGCGUCGCCACACAAAUCGAGAAGACUCUGGACGCCGUGAUAACUCUGGAAAUAACUCUGAGUGACUCUCAGAGAGCUACAGAUCUGCACAAGUUUGUCUCCAGUGUUGACGAGGCGGCGAGACAAAGCAGGAAAACCACAGAGGAGCUUCAGACGACGAGCGAGGAGGUGGAAAAACUUUUGGGAUCAUUGAGGAAACACUAAGAAGUGAAGAGAGACCUGGAUGAGACUGGAGGAGCGCAGACAGAAAUAAAACCGACAGACUCGAGUCUCCAAACCUGUUCUUCCCAGCCCUCCUGAAGUUUUAAGGACAAGUGGACCUCAGAGACCAAACCUGCAGACUGACUCGGCUACAGCUCUUAUUUUACAGUUUUUUUGGCAGCAGAAGGUUUUUAUAUUUACAGGGACUUCAAAAUAACAGAGCGUCUUUUUAACUUCAGAGUGCAGACGAGACAUUUCCAAAAAGAAAAGCCGCCAAAGGCUAUUUUUAUUUUUGUCAUUACGCCGUGAUCUAAGGAGUUCGUCCCUCUGGACUUCAUGUAGAUUAUUCAUAUUUAAGUAACAUUAAAAAAAAAGCACGGUUAUAUAAAGUUUCAGCUGGACUGAGGGGAGUUAUGUAAUAUCAAAGCUCGCCGCUGUAUCUGAUCCCACCGUCAGAAAAAACGUCCUGCACCGAGAGCGUCUCUGCAGAGCCGAGCGAAGGGUUCAACCAAAACCUGCAGCUGAAAUACUCCUUUAAAAAAUCCACGGGUGUUAAAUCCUCAGCAGAUGUCGUAAAUUUGUGGAUUUUCUGUCUUCUUCAGGGAAAAAUUGUCUUUUAAAAACUUACAAUCUGUUGUAAAAAGUGAGAAAUGUUCAAUAAAAGUUCUAAAUCUGAUUAAAUGUGAUAAUUUUUUCGCCUUCAGAGAUAAUCAGAAAUUAAUAAAUGAAGUUUGUGUCGGAUCAUUACUCCAGGAUGAUAAACUCGUCUGCAGAUUAUCAUCUUUCCACAUGAAGCAGCAGAGAAAAGUGAUAAUUGUGCUGCUGAAGUGUCUCAGUGUCGACGCUGAUUUAUGUAAACGUCUUAAUUUAGACCGAAAACUGAAAAAUCUCUUUAGUGUGAAAUCAGACAGUUUCACAUCCAAACAAACCAAAUCAAGUCAAGAUGAAGCUCUGAGGAAGAAAUUAUGAAAUUAUCAGUCAGCUCAUGUGUCGUAAAAAUGUGAUUAAUAUUGACUAUUAGCUGUUUAUCCAUUUAUGAAUUUUUAUACAGACAUAGAAAAUAAGGAGUUAAGGAGUGAAAAGCAGAGCUCAGAGUGUUCAGAGGGUCAUGUAAAAUUGUGACGUGUUUUUCUUAAAGCAGUUGGUAAACUUUAUCUACUGUCAGGCUUCAGUUUUGUAAGAACGAUUGAAAAAGGAGUGAAUCUAAACAGAUUUGUAAUUUUUCAUCUCUUUUAUUUUAUUUCCAACUCACAAACAAGACUACAAAAGAAUAUAAGCUUUAAGUCCAAGUCCAGAGUUGUGUUUAUCAGUAGAUUGUGACUAAAACUGUAGCUGACCUGAAUAAAUGUUUUUACUCACUUUUAUUUUAGUAAAAAAAAACUACAAGCUAAAAGUCCGGGGCGCUUUCGAAGCUCAAUUUUUGCGAAUUUCUCAGCAAUAAAUAUAUUUGUCCAAGUCCAGAGACUCAAUUUUAAAGAGAUGAUGAUUUUAAGAUCUCUCUUUAUCACUUAUUAAGUAUUUAGUUCCCUGUAUUUGUUGUGUUUUCUUUCAGUGUAAUGCAUAUUAAGACUAUUGAACUAAAUCAUGAAAGGUUCACAUGAAACACUGGAGUUAAAAGUCAUUUUAUUGAUGUAACAGACACAAGAAUAAUAAUUCUUUAAUUCUUCAUUAAUUCAUAGAUAUUUGAGACUUAGAUCAGCUUCUCUGACAGUCAUGCAAAUAUAAGUGUAAACAGAUCUUAAUGACAAAAUUCAGUAAAACCUUUUGUUUAUUUUUACUGUUUUAAAAGACAUCUGGGUAAAAUAAAGAGACAGAGUCACCAUGUGUUUGUGUGUUUUUUAUUUACAAAUAAAUAAAAGAAAACACUAUCGGAGACGGAAGACCCUGAAGCACUGAGCCAACAACACAACUCGACCAUGCUGUCCUCUGCCAUCCCACACAGCAGCAGGUCACCAGUCC